CAACUAUUCUUUUCCCGCGUCUCUCAUCUUCUUCCUUCUCCACUCUACCACAACCCAUAUCCUCACCACUACUCAACCCUAAAAUCAUGUGAUCCAAAACUACCAGCGGCUAUGCCCGUCAUCACCGGAAUACACCGGCGGCGGCAUCAGCAAAAACACAUCUCUCUCCUUCGCCGAAUCCGGCGCCCCCGGCAUCCUCCUCGCAGACCUCUCUCUCACUUCCGCCAAAACCGCCGCGCAAGCAUGUAAAUCCUACGUUUCCAACCCCUCCUGUCCCAUCCUCUCCAUGCACAUCGACGUAACCGAUGAACAAAGCGUACAGGCAAUGGUCAAUACAGCUAUUGGAGAAUUCUGCCGUAUAGAUUACUAUGUGCAUAGCGCUGGUAUAUAUUUCAUUUGUAUUCAAUUCCAUUCCCAUGCUCACCCCUCCCCCCUCUCCAAAUUCGACCACAUCCUCACCACCAACAUGCGCGGCACCCUCCUCUGCAACCGCGCCACCACGCGCGCCAUGCUCCUGCAAGAAAACCUCUUCUACCAAGGUCGCUCCACCGUGCGCUCGCUCGGACGCGGGUGCAUCGUGAAUCUCGGCCAUCGUGGCGUUUCCGGGGAAACGGCCUAUGCGACUGCGAAACAUGCUGUAGUUGGAAUUACGAAAUCCGGUGUCGACUACGCCCCCCACGGCAUCCGCAUCAACGCCAUCUUUCCGCCCUGGGUCGCCGGCCCCAUGAACACGCUCGAAGCAGCGCUCAACCCGCACUUCGAGCACAUGGUGCAAGCCGUCGCGCCCCUGGAGCGCGUGGCGCAGCCCGAUGAGGUAGCCGAUGCUAUUCAUUUCUUGUGCAGCCCGGCUGCGACGUAUAUCACGGGUGCGACGUUGAUUAUCGAUGCGGGGUCGGGGUUGACAGUACGUUUGUUUUAG